AUGUAUGAUGCCCCUUUGGAAAUUUAUGCUCGAGGUCCUGAAGCUGUUAGGGCAUACAACAAAGCCUUAACGGGGGGAAAGGCCUGCAUCAAGAGAAUACCAGUGAUGUUCAUCGGACAGGAGCGGACAGGAAAAACUAGUCUAAAAAAGUCCUUAAAAGGAGAAAAUUUCAAUGAAGAAGAGGAAAGCACAGUCGGAAUAGAGACUGACUCUUUGUACUUUAAAGUAUCAAAAGAGAUUUGGAAGAGCGGAAAAGUGAAGGAAGAAGUAGAAUUUGAAUCAGAAGAUCAAUUUGAACACAUAGCAACAGCGAAAGUGAUCAGUGAAUCAUUAAGGGAACAAAUGGCAACUCCAUCGUGGUUGGUGCCAUGGUUGGAUUUUGACUCAGAGUCAGAUUCAGAGUCAGAGUUGGAGCCUCCGGAUGGAUCAAUAUCAACUCGAGGCCCAACUAAGCUCUCAAGAAAUAUCGAGUCCUUACACAGAAAAUUACCUGAGGAAGUGGCCAGGCUGGUUGAAAAAAUGCUUCAAGAGGAGGAAAGUGCAAACCACGAAGAUAACAUCUACUCAGUUCUGUGGGAUUUUGGUGGACAAUCAGUGUACUACGAAACCCAUCCAAUUUUCCUGACGGAAAAAGCUAUCUAUAUUUUGGUGUCUGAUUUGAGUCGUGAUCCAGGCGAGAAAGCCACCCCGCCUGUCAAAACAGGACUUUUCGAGAACAAAGAGGACAUUGACUGCAGUAAAACGAACCUUGAUUAUCUGGACUUUUGGAUGUCAUCAAUUUAUUCCUUGGUAAGUCCGGAUGAGAAUUCCAGCUCCCAAGAGACCGCUUCGAAUGUUAGUCAUGUUUUGCCAUGGAGGCUUCCCCCAGUAUUCCUGGUAUGCACCCAUGCUGACGUGCCGUUUCGUGGAUCUAACGCCAGAGACCUUGCUCUAAAAACGUAUGGCUUUUUGCAGUCCAAGAUCUACAAGGAACAUCUGUAUAAAGAUGUUUUCGUCGUGGAUAAUACAAAGUCUGGGAGUGAGGAAGAAUGUAUCGAAGUUAAGCGACUGAGAAAAGAGAUCCUUGCUGUUGCAAAGGAACUGCAGCUGACGAAAGAAGAAGUUCCAGUGAAGUGGUUGAGGUAUGAAAACAAGCUUCGCAAAAAGCAUGAUAAGUGGAUAACACUUGAAGAAGCCAAGAGGAUUGCAUUUGAAGACUGUGGAAUCCAAGAAGAUGAGUUUUCCACUUUGUUGAACUUUUUGCAUGAUCAGAGAAUUGUGAUUCAUUUUAGCGGUUCUCAAGAGUUGGAAAGGAUGGUGAUAUUAGAUCCUCAGUGGCUUGUUGAUGUCCUCAAAAACGUAAUUACUGUAAGGCGUUUUAAAGACACGGAGCAUGCUGUCAAAGACCUCUGGAUCCAACUGGAAAAAACCGGAAUCUUGGAUGAAAAACUCAUUGACCAUGCUUGGAGAGACUUGCUCGAAAACCAAGAAAGUCACAACAGCCUCAUUGCCAUCAUGGAGAGAUUAUGCUUGCUUUCCCCCUGGCCGUCGUCUAAAGAUAGCAAGCAGUACCUUGUGCCGUCCAUGUUGAUGUCACCCCCAACAGAUGACGUCCUUCAGCUUCUCGAUUCUGUAAACAUUCCAUCUCUUUUUGUAACAUUUGCAUCAGGUCGAGUACCUCCUGGUCUAUUUUCCCGACUUAUCCUACAUUUCUUCCAGUGGUGUGGCGAAGAAUGGAACAGCGAAAUGAGCCCACGGUUGUUUCAUAAUUUUGCCAUGUUUCACAUUCUUCCAGACCAAGGUAUCUCUGUCAUUUUUUGGUGCCAUCCCUCAGCCGUUGAAGUCGCUCUUUAUAGCGUUGACAAUGACGAGAAAAGAGGAGAUCUAUCCCGUGCUGUUCCCUGGAAAUUGAGGUUUAUACUCGAAUGCAUGCGGAAAGAGUUUCACUGGCUCAACAACGUGAAGUACGAUAUGUGUGUCUGCUGCCCAGUCUGUUCUCAACCAGGGUCGGUAAAAUGCCGCGAUCAUAACGUGCGUGGAUGUGAGUGUCUACACUUUCUGUCAGAAUCUGAUUUGCGAGAGCGUCAACAUUGCAACAGGCCAGGACGUAUCCUUCCUAGAGAUUGCAGGAUUCGGAUCCAGCAGUUCAAAUGUUGGUUCUUAUUUGGAGAAGAAAAGGAAGGUGCCGGCAAGUCAACGAAUCAGCAGCUGCAAGCUCUUCACGUAACGAGUCGAGGCUUCGUCAGUGCAAAAGGCAUAUUUUCCGUAGAAGGAACGAAACGGAAAGAUCUUGCGCUGCCCGAGAGUAUCAAUACUUCCAUCCAGUCCAUUCCACUCAAUUCAGCAAGUGAUGUCAAGGAUAUCGUGAUUCAGUUUCGAGAAGCUCUGCAGUUGGAACCAGCAUCUUUGGUCAGUCCAGAGCCUGAGACGAGAAUUAUGAUUCGUGCCCUUGCCCUGAGAGCUAAAUCUGAGAAACGGGAUGAUUUGGUGAGACACUUACGAGAGAUUACGCCUGCUGGUACUGCUGGUGAGUUUUAA